CGUUUUACAACUGUUUCGUUAAACAAAUCAAUAUGUUCAAAUUCGCUGUUGUCAUCUUUGCUGUCAUUGCCUGUGCUGCUGCCAAACCCGGUUUAGUUGCUCCUUUGGCUUACACUGCUCCCGCCGCUGUAGUAGCUGCCCCUGCUGGUGUUGUUACUGCCACCAGUAGCCAAGUUAUUGCUCGCAACUACAAUGGUAUUGCCACUGCUCCCGUUGUUGCUCCAGUAGCUGCCCCUGUUGUUGCCAAGACUGUUGCUUACACAGCUCCCGUAGCUGCUGCUUAUACCGCUCCCGUUGUAGCUAAAUAUGCUGCUGCCUACACUCAUCCCUUGGCUUACUCUGCUCCCGUUGUAGCCAAAUACGCUACUGCUUACUCUCAUCCUUUGGCCUACUCCACCCCUGUUGUUGCCAAAUACGCCGCCGCUUACUCUCAUCCUUUGGCCUAUUCUGCUCCUUUGACCUAUGCUGCUGCUCCAGCUCCAGCUGUUGUCAUCUUCGCUGUCAUUGCCUGCGCUGCUGCCAAACCCGGUUUAGUUGCUCCCUUGGCUUACACUGCUCCCGCCGCUGUAGUAGCUGGCCCUGCUGGUGUUGUUACUGCCACCAGUAGCCAAUAUAUUGCCCGCAACCACAACGGUAUUGCCACCGCUCCCGUUGUAGCUCCAGUAGCUGCCCCUGUUGUUGCCAAGAGUGUUGCUUACACUGCUCCCGUGGCUGCUGCUUAUACCGCUCCCGUUGUAGCCAAAUACGCUGCUGCUUACUCUCAUCCUUUGGCCUACUCCUCUCCUGUUGUUGCCAAAUACGCUACUGCUUACUCUCAUCCUUUGGCCUACUCCACCCCUGUUGUUGCCAAAUACGCUGCUGCUUACUCUCAUCCUUUGGCCUACUCUGCACCUUUGACCUAUGCUGCUGCUCCAGCUCCAAUUUCUAUCAUUAACAAUUUCUUACUUGUUAAAGUAAAUCAAAAUCAAAACAAAAUGUUCAAAUACACCGUUGUUAUCUUCGCCUUGAUUGCCUGUGCUGCUGCUAAACCCGGUUUUGUAGCUCCUUUAGCUUACACUGCUCCCGCCGGUGUUGUUACCGCCACCAGCAGUCAAGUUAUUGCUCGUAACUACAAUGGUAUUGCCACCGCUCCCGUUGUUGCUCCAGUAGCUGCCCCCGUUGCCGCCUACACUGCCCAUGUUGCCGCUGCUUACACCGCCCCAGUUGUAGCCAAAUAUGCUGCUGCUUACUCUACUCCUUUGGCCUACUCUGCUCCCGUUGCCGCUGCUUACAGCGCUCCUUUGACUUAUGCCGCCACUCCUUUGGCUUAUGCUAAUGCUCAUUUGGAUGCCGCUUAUGCCAGCAGCCGUGUUGACCUCAAGCAAAACUACAAUGCUGCCGUCGUUCCUGCCACUUAUGCUGCCGCCGUAGCUCCUCUUAUUGCCACCGCUCCCGUUGUUGCUCCAGUAGCUGCCCCUGUUGCUGCCGCCUAUACCGCCCCAGUUGUAGCCAAAUACGCUGCUGCUUACUCUACUCCUUUGGCUUACUCUGCUCCCCUUGCCGCUGCCUACAGCGCUCCUUUGACUUAUGCCGCCACUCCUUUGGCUUAUGCUAACGCUCAUUUGGAUGCCGCUUAUGCCAGCAGCCGUGUUGAUAUUAAGCAAAACUACAACGCUGCCGUCGUCCCUGCCACUUAUGCUGCCGCCGCUGCUGUUCCCGUAGCUACUCCUUUGGCUGCUCCCGUAGCCCCAGUUGCCCCUGUAGCUCCCAUUAAAUACACUGCUUCUCCAGUUUUGUUGUAAAUUUAGAUUUUGUUAAUCAUCUUGUUACGAAUCGAAAUAAAAGAUCUGUGAUCUAGCGAAUUUU